UAGCUUUCUCUAUUUGUGUCCCUCCCGCCAACCGUUCUAGUUUAAAGUCUCCCCAGUAGCCUUGGCAAAUCUCCCCGCCAGGAUAUUGGUCCCCCUCGUGUUCAAAUGCAACCUGUCCUUUUUGUUAAGGUCACACCUUCUCCAAAAGAGGUUCCAAUGAUCCAGAAACUUGAAUCCCUGCCCGCUGCACCAGUCCUUCAGCCACGCCUUUAUCCUCCACCUCGCUCCAUUCCUACUCUCACUGUCGCGUGGCACAGGCAGUAAUCCUGAGAUUGUUACCUUUGCAGUCCUUUUCCUUAACUCUCUUCCUAACUCCCUAAAUUCUCCUUUCAGGACCUCUUCCCUUUUUCUACCUAUGUCAUUGGUACCUAUAUGUACCACGACCUCGGGCUCCUCUCCCUCCGAUUUCAGGAUAUCUUGGACACGUUCAGACACAUCCCAGACGCUGGCACCAGGGAGGCAAGCUACCAUCCGGGUCUCCCGACUGCGUCCAUAGAAUCGCCUGUCUGACCCCCUAACUAUAGAGUCCUCUAUUACUACUGCCCUCUUCUUCUUUUCCUUGCCCUUCUGAGCAACAGGGCCGGUCUCUGUACCGGAGGCCCAGCCGCUGUCGCUACCCCCAGGUAGGCUGUCUCCCCCAACAGUGCUCAAACAGGAAACAUCCUCUCCACAUCCACUCCAUCCACGUUUUUACCAGGCUGGGACAGACGGUAGCAGCUUCAAACUGUGUCCGAAAGCUCGUGUCCUGUCCUGCAUCACCCAAGGCAGCAGAGAUGUUAUAGGAGAGGGCAAGCACCAUAACAAAGUAGCUCACGAUGGUUUGGGUAACAUUCAGGAAUGUCUAUGCAUGUCACAUCAUGAAUAUUACUGAAGAAGGGUCUUGACCCGAAAUAUAAUCUAUACCAUUUCUCCAGAGAUGCUCUACCUCACCCAAUGAGUUACUCCAGCACUCUCUGACGUCAUCUAUCCAUGUUCUCCAGAGAUGCUGCCUGACCCGCUGAGUUACUUCAGCACUCUGUGAAACGUCGCCUAUUUAUAUUCUCCGCAGAUGCUGCCUGACCCACUGAGUUACUCCAGCACUGUGACUAUUUUCCCUUCACCCAUCUGCCCAAGCCCACUCUCCCCCCUCCUUUCCUAUGUUUCUUUCCACCCAUAAACCUCUCUCUGCCUUUACAUUUCACUCCUCUUUCAAAUCUGCUCUACUUAUCUACAUGCAUUUUUCUUCUUAUCUUUUUAGUCAUAGAAUGAUGCAGUGUGGAAACAGGCCGUUCAGCCCAACUUGCCCACACCGACCAACAUGUCCCAUGUAAACUAGUCCCACUCACACACGUUUGGCCCAUAUCCAUCUAAAUCUGUCCUAUCCAUGUAUGUGUCCAAAUGUCUUUUGAGCAGUGGUAUAGUCCCAGCCUUAACUACCUUUUCUGGCAGCAAAAUAAGGCUCAGAAUGCAUCAGAGAACAUCUAAAACCCCUGAGCCCGUUUAAGCGCCCUGGACCCCCACAUCAAGGGACUUCACGCUUCGCGCUCGUGAUGUGUGCAGCGCGCACAUUAUUUCAGAUUAAAUUUAUUGUUAUCCUGUCAUGCCACCCCCCUUUCUGAAAAGCUUCGUACUGGCCUGAUAUGGACACACUGAUAUGUUCUGUAUUCAUGCCUACUAUAUUCUGUUGUGCUGAAGCAAAGCAAGAAUGUCUUUGUCCUAUCUGGGACACAUGACACUAAACUCUCUUGACUUAACUUGAUAUUCUUAAUUCACUUUGCUCAGUGCAGCCGCUUCCCUUGCUCAUCUGGUCGGGGACCAAGUCUUUGGCGUUUGGGGAGUGUCACAUGCUGAGAGUGACCGCCCCGAUGAAAGUGAGGGCGUGCCCUGGAAUCAUUGAACUCUUGUUCAACGAGUGCCCAGAAUUAUUUUCAUUGCAGUCUUAGAGAGACGGUGCAACACCUCCAAGCAGCCCUUUAAACAGAGGUGACGCCCUUGGGGAAAUUAAGUGCCCUCUAAGUGAAUGAUGGCCGGUGCUGUACCCAAUCUGUGUUACAACCGCAGAGAUGUGUUGGACAUGGUGGCAGCUUAUCGCCGUGGAGGUAUGCAAGGCCUUCAAUUGGCCAUCGAUGACAAAAACAAACAGUUGAGCAACGUGCAUGUUCGGAUAGCGGUGAUGGGGGAGUCUGGAAGUGGCAAGUCGACCCUGAUCAACACUCUGCUCGACUUGGAUGAUGAAGAGGCUGCCCCAACCGGGUUUAAGGAGACCACCACCAAAAUAACACCGUACUCCCACCCCAGCCUUCCUAACGUCCACUACUAUGACUUUCCCGGGUUCAACACGCCCAAUUUCCCAGUGGAAGCGUUCAUGAAGAAAACUAAAUUUGCCGAGUAUGACCUGGGCAUAAUUGUAAUUGAGCGGUGGACGGCUAAUGACCAGUUACUGGCCAAGGCGCUGAAGAAGGCGGGCAAACCCUUCCAUGUGGUGCGCUCCAAGAUCGACCAAAUUGUCACAUCAGAGAGGGGCAAGAAGGUUUACAAUGAAGACGUGAUGUUACAGCGUGUGAGGAAAAACUGCUGUUCCUCGCUGGAGAAAGCAGGGAUGGGGAAGACUCGUGUUUUCUUGUAUUCCAAGUACAACUUGAAAGCGUACGACUUCCCCGAGCUAAAGAAGGCCGUGGUGUCCGAUCUGUCGGACACACAGAAGCAGCUAUUCCUGCUGUCGCUUCCCAACACAAGCGAAGAUUCAAUAAAUGAGAAACGCGAGGUUCUGCGAGUGAGCAUUGAAUGUAUGGCGGUCAUCUCGGCGGCAACCGCUGUCAUUCCCGUACCGGGUUUGUCUUUGGCUUGUGACCUGGUGCUCAUUGCCUCCAAUAUCCUGGUCAUGCGGAAGAUCCUGGGCCUGGAUGAUGGGUCUCUCCGGAAAUUGUCCCAAAGAGUGGGCAAAAGUCAGGAUGAUCUGCGGAGAGACACCGAGCACGCAUGGGUGUUCGGGGAGAUCAAACGGGAGCAGGUGAUGCUGUUACUGCAGAGAAGCAAGGUGGCGGCGGCACUGACAGUCGCCGAGCUCGUCCUCGACUUUGUCCCAAUUCUGGGCUCUGUCUUCGGGGAGCCAACGUCGUAUUGGGUGACUCGCAGAAUGCUGACAAAUUUACUGGAAGAAAUGGUGGAAACAGCUAAAAUAGUCCUGAGAAACGCUGAGGCAGCAGCUUCGGCAACUCCUGGUGGAGCCGCGGGUUAUUGACGGGCUUGACAAGGCGGCGCAAGUUACCCAGUCCUGGCAACUUCCUCGUGAAUCUUCUCUGGACUCUCUCCAGUUUGACAACAUAUUUCCUAUAACAUCUCAACGCGGUCUCUCCAACGUCUUAAACAUCUGUAACAAGAUCUCCCAACUUCAAUACGCAAUACUCUGACUGAUGAAAGCCAAUGUGCCAAAAGCCUUUUUCACCAUCUUAUCUACCUGCGAUUCCACCUUCGAGGUGCACCCGUACUAGAUCCCUCUGCUCUACAACACUCGAUCACUCACUGUGUAGGUCCUACACAUGAUGACAUCCCAAAAUGCAACACCUCAUAUUUCUCUGUAUCAACCAUUCCUCAGCCCAUCUGACCAAUCUAUCAAGGUCCUGCUGCAAUUUUUCACACUAUUUUUGCUAUGUCCAAAACCACCCACUUUCAUAUCAUCUGCAAACUUACUAAUCUUGCCAUGCAUACUCUCAUCCAAAUCAUUGAUGUUAAUGACAAACAGUAACAGGCCCAGCACAGAACCCUGAGGCACACCACUCGUCAAAGGCAUCCAGUCCAAGAAACAACCUUCCACCAUCAUCCUCUGCUUCCUUCCAUGAAGCCAAUUUUAUAUACGUUCAGCUAUCUCUCCUUGGAUCCUUUGUGAGAUUUUCCAGAGCAGCUUACUUGCGGAACCUUGUCGCUAAUGCCCAUCUCCGGGAUUCUUCUUCUUUAUCCUCGGGAAUUGCUCGUGCCCCGAAUCCCUUCAUUCCCUGCCCGCCCAUUUGCCGGGCGUAAAUGCCUCUUAAACACCACUAUUGUAUCUCCUUUCACCACCUCUUGGUGCGGUCCGUUCAAAUUUGCCCGAAAAUUUUAUUUCGUAACAUCCCACCUGCCUUGCAUCUAUUACCUCCAGAUUAUUUAAUUUCCAUCCAGAGUGAAAGAUUCUGACUUGAUACACUGGGAGUCACUUUGGAGCCAAUGGUCGCCAUGCUGACACCUUCACAUGUUCUAUUCCUGACCACUUCCCUCUUUAGAUGUAUCUGUGCCUAUCUCGCGGAUAGGCCAGCCGCCACAUAAUCCAACAUUCGUCCCACCCUGCCACUUGUGUGUAUGGACUCUGUGCCAUCCUCCCAGUUCUUCCAUCUUUGUCACAUUUUCUCUGCACAGAUACCUCAUCAAUAUCUCCGUUCUUCCUGAACCAUGGCUUCCUGUGUACCACAGUUGACCGCAUCAUCUAUUUCCAGCACCUCUACUAUCACCCCAUCUUCAUAGUCAUAGAGUUAUACAGUGUGGAAACAGGCCCUUCGACCCAACUCGCCCACACCGGCCAAUAAUGUCCCAGCUAUCCUCGUCCCACUUGCCUGCGCUUGGUCCAUAUCUAUCCCUCCAAACCUAUCCUAUCCAUGUACCUGUCCAACUGUAUCUUAAAUGAUGGGAUAGUCCCAUCCUCAACUAGUUCCUUUAGCAUCUUGUUCCAUACACCCACCACCCUUUGUGUGAAAAGGUUACCCCUUAGAUUCUAAUUAAAUCUUUUUCUCUUCACCUUGAUCCUAUGUCCUCCGGUCCUCGAUUCACCUACUCUGAGCAAAAGACUCGGUGCAUCAAUCCAAUCUAUUCGUCUCGUGAUUUUGUACACCAAUAUAAGAUCUCCCCUCAUCCUCUUGCGUUCCAUGGAAUAGAGACCCAGCCUACUCAACCUCUCCCUAUAGCUCACACCCUCUAGUCCUAGCAACAUCCUUGAAAAUCUUUUCUGAACCCUUUCAAGCUUGACAAUAUCUUUCCUAUAACAUGGUGCCCAGAACUGAACACAAUAUUCAAUGUGGUCUCACAGACAUUUUAUACAACUGCAACAUGACCUCCCAAUUCUAUACUCAAUACUCUGACUGAUGAAGGCAAAGUGCCAAAAGCCUUUUUGACCACCUUAUCUACCUGCGACUCGACCUUCAAGGAACCAUGCACCUGUACUCCUAGAUCGCUCUGCUCUACAACACUAUCCAGAGGCCUACCAUUUACUGUGUAGGGCCUGCCCUUGUUCGACGUCCUAAAAUGCAACCCCUCACACUUCUCUGUAUUAAAAUCUAUCAACCACCCUCCGCCCACCUGCCAAUCGAUCCAGAUCCUGCAGCAAUCCUUCACAACCAUCGUCCCUUUUCACAAAACCACUAACUUUUGUAUCAUCUUUUGUGAUCUCACCUUCCAUCCGCAUAUAUUAGAAUAUCCUUUGCAAUUCUGCCAGCUCCAAUGUUCCACCACCAGACACACGUUCCUGUCCCAUCCCCUUUCAACAUUUCAAGGGGAUGCCAACUCCCUUGUCUACCCUUGCAGCCCCACUAACCACCACUGCCUGUCAUCCUCAGUUACAGGAUUUGCAACACCUUUCCUUUCACCUCUUCCUUUCCCACCAUCCAGCGACCCAAACUCAUUUUCAAGGAAAGAGAGUGGUUCACUUGCACUUCCUCUGAUCUAAUGUGGUUUAGUUUAGCUUAGAGAUAGGCGCAGUAUCAGGCUCUUCGGCCCACUGAGUCUGCAUCGACCAUUGAUUCUCAGACCCGGGCAGUAUCCUGCACACUAGCAAAAAUUUUACCGAAGCCAAUUAACCUACAAACCUGUAUAUCCUUGAAAUAUGGGAGGAAACCAGUGCACGCAGAGAAAAUCCAUGAGGUCGCAGGGAGAAAUUACAAACCCAGAGUGUUGUGAAUCUGUGGAAUUCUCUGCUACAGAAAGCAGUGGAGACCAAUUCACUGGAUAGAUUUAGUUCGUAGGAUGGGGUCAAGGAAAGAUCGUUCACGUUGCGGCACUGUUUCCACCAAUCUUUCCACCACCACGCACAAGAAGCCUGAUCUGCAUUGUGUUUCCAGCAUUUUCAGUUUUAUUUCAGAUUUUUAACAUCUGCAGGGUUUUUUUGAUUUUCAUAUUCAAACUAUUGGUAUUAUAUUCUGAAUAUUCCCUAUCUAUUGAUGUUGUAGUCAUGUCAUUUUAUUAAUAUCAAGUGUUUGCUCUGACUUAAUUUUGAUUAAAUUAGCAAUUGUUUUGGUCUGUACUGCCAGUGACGAAUAAAUAUUGAUGUGUAUCAUGUUUUGAAAUAAUUGUUUUGCCUUUUUUUAUUCUGGAACAACUUUGUAGACCCAUCUCUUUCUGCUAGCAUCUCUGCUGUUGAUCCCAUCUCUCUCUGCUGGGACCUUUGAUUUGGUGCCUCCUCUCUGUUCUGGGAUCUCUCUUGUGUCCUCCCCCCUUCACCCUCCCAAUCAUAUGCUAGGAUGUUGCUUCUAGACUCCUUUACCUGUUCUGGGGCUUCUUGUGUAACUCCCCUCUCUCUGUGUGCUGGAACGUCUCCUGUUCUGGGAUCUCUGCUAUAGUUGCACCUCUCUUUCCUGGGACCUUCCCUGGAGUCUCCUCUCCUUGUUCAGGAACAUUCCCCUCUCGGUGCUGGAUUCUCUCCUUCAGUCCAUUCUCACGUUCUGAGACACUUUUGUUCUGGGACCUCCCCAUCUCACUGUUCUGCAAUUUCUCCUGGACUUCCACCCCAUUCCCUCGCUAUACCAGGGCCAUCUCACACCCCUCUCCCUGAUCUGGGACCUCCUGCAGUCCCCUCUUCCUGUUCUGAGACCUUUGUGUAAACCCUACACUCUGUGCUGGGACUUCUCAGGCAUUCCACCCUCCCUGUUCUACCCCCUAAUGUAGCCCCUGUCCCUUUUCUGGGCCCACUCCUGUUCUCCUUGCUGGGAUCUCGUCUAGCCCCUCUCCUUG